AUGUCGAACCAGGUGGUGGGUAAUGUCUAUCAGCAAAUCAUCGAGAAGGUCAUCCAGGCUUCGCAAAAUGACUUCGAGGAGUUUGGCGUAGACCAGUCGACGCUCGACGAGAUGAAGCAGGGCUGGCAAGAGAAGCUGUCUGCUCUCAAGGUCGCCGCCUUUCCGUGGGACCCACAGCCUGAGCCGGUGCGUCAGCCGCCUACAGUGCCAUCGAACGUCAAGGUAGACAAUGACAUGCCUCAGGUGUCUGCGGCGCAGGACCACAUCAACUUCCCUAAUCCACAGUUGAAGCCCGAGACUGGUUACCCGCAGCAUCCUAGUCAAAACUACCCUCAGGUCCAAGCCUACACUGGCGGCGGAUAUGACAACCACCACGGUCUCGCCCAGCAGCGAGCACAGAACCUCGUCAUGCAGCGACAGCAGCAGAAUAACAUGAUGCCACAGUCAAACUUCCCAAAUCUGCCCCAACAAAAUCUUCAUCUCCCACAACAAGGCCAGCAUCCCAUGCAGACCCAACAACAGCGAAUGAUGGCACCACAGCAGCAUCAGCAACAGCGCCCACCUCAACAACUGCCACAACAGCGUCCCCCGCAACAGCAGAACAAUCUAUACACCUCGCAAACAGAUGGUACUGGAGAAGGCUUAGAGGACUGGAAGGCGUUCCUUGCGGCGAGGCGAGCUGCAGAGAGCGAGGAAGGACGAGUUGCCGCUGACGAGUUUAUGCGCGCUCGUGUCGAUGCCAUGGCGAUGCAGCAGGAUAGUGGGUUAAUGGUUCCGCUCAACUCGAUGCCGAAAGGCAAGAAGAGGAAAGCAGCUGUUCGUGUCCUCCAAGCCGAACAAGCUAAGGCAUCGUCGUCGAUAUCAGUGCCCAGCGAGUCAGUGCCUGGCUUGUUUGACGGACCUGAUGACGACAUCAAGCCCGGUGAGGAAGAUCCGGAUGAUGCCAUCAACUCGGAUCUUGACGAUCCUGAGGACGAUCUGAACGACGGCGACAACAGCGACGAUGAGAUGGUCGAUUACAUGUUGUGUACCUAUGACAAGGUGCAGCGUGUCAAGAACAAGUGGAAGUGCACACUCAAAGAUGGCAUUUUGACCACGAACAAAAAGGAAUACCUAUUCCACAAAGCCAACGCUGAACUCGAGUUCUGA